CCUAACAUUUUCCCUAAUUAGUUAAACUUGUACCAUUAACUUGAUUGUCUUUUAUUUCAACAUCCAUCUAAAUUAAUAUUUUUAAUUUUAUAGACGAUGUCGAACUACACAAAAUUGGAUUUCGCGGUACUAGACAUUUCUGGAAGGAAUUAUUUGUUAUGGAUACUUGAUGUGGAAAUCCAUCUCGAUGCUAUGAAACUUGGAAACACCAUUACCGAUGGUAACGACGCAUCCUCGAAGGAUCGUGCUAAAGCCAUGAUCUUCAUUCGCCACCAUCUCCACAAGGACCUGAAGUCUGAAUACCUUACAAUGAAAGACCCACUAAGUUUAUGGAAUAAUCUGAAGGAAAGGUAUGGGCACCAAAAGGCUGUAAUCCUACCAAAUGCUCGUUAUCGCUGGUUGAAUCUACAGUUGCAAGAUUAUAAAUCUGUUAGUGAGUAUAACUCUACUUUGUUCAAGAUAGUUUCAAUUUUGAAAUUAUGUGGAGAACAUAUUACUGAAAAAGAUAUGUUGGAAAAGACUUUUUUCACUUUUCACGCCAACAAUUUGCUCCUACAGCAGCAAUACAGAGAGCGUAGGUUUGAGAAAUACUCAAAUUUAAUCUCUUGCCUUCUGGUCGCUGAACAAAAUAAUGAGCUAUUACUGAGAAAUCACGAAUCUCGUCCAACUGGUGCUCUACCAUUCCCUGAAGCAAAAUAG